AAGAGAAGUAGACUGUUCAGCUUCUCAGACAGAAAUCUGACGAAGGCUUUUAAAAAUUUCUUUCUAUUCAAGUUGUACAGGAGGAAACUUUGUGUACCAUGGAGGAAAAUCUCAACAUCAGCAUUGAUCCCGCAUGUUUACAAAAGCCACCGCUUGCUAUUGACAUGAUAAGUCAGCUGAGUGUGUUUGGAGUUUGUCUCUACUCCAUACUUACCUUCAUGUCUUGCAUCUCCUUGCUGCUGUAUUUGGAACAGUGUGUCUACAUAUACAAAAAACUGCCCUACCCCAAGAAGACCAUCAUCAUCUGGAUCAAUGGUGCAGCACCGGUCAUUGCGACUAUGUCUUGUUUUGGGAUGUGGAUUCCCAGAGCUGCCAUGUUCACAGACAUGACCUCUAACUGUUAUUUUGCAGUGGUGGUUUACAAGAUUAUGAUUCUGAUAAUUGAAGAGUUUGGAGGUACUGAAGCCUUUCUGAAAAGGUUUUCUGGCAAGACCUUCAAGAUCAACACAGGACCAUGCUGCUGCUGCUGCCUCUGUUUACCCCAUGUGCCCAUGUCACGGCGGAUGUUGUUCUUGAUGAAGUUGGGAGCUCUUCAGUAUGCCAUUCUAAAGACAGUACUCUCUGUCCUCGCCAUCAUAUUGUGGACCAAUGACAACUUUGACCCCUCAGAUCUCUCAGUCACUGGUACAUCGAUAUGGAUUAACCCAUUUAUUGGUGUCCUUACUCUCACCUCGCUUUGGGCUGUUGCCAUCCUUUUUAACAAUACAAACAGCAAGCUGAGGAGCCUCAAGAUUAUUCCCAAGUAUGCAUUCUAUCAAAUAGUACUUAUACUGAGUCAGCUGCAGACGUCUAUCAUUAACAUCCUGUCCUUGGAUGGAACCAUCGCCUGUUCCCCUCCGCUCUCAUCACAAGCUCGUGGAUCCAUGUUGAGUCAGCAGCUGAUGAUCAUGGAGAUGUUCCUCAUUACUCUGGCCACUCGCUUUUUUUACCGUCGUACAUAUGAUGAGCUUCCCUCUGAGUCAUGUGAGCUCGAAAAUGACAUCAAGACCAUGACGGAGCAGACAGUCUGAGCCCAAACUAAUCAGCGUCUUAACACUGACAACCGAAAGCAAAGUUACUGUAUGUGUAGUUUGAACUUGUGUAUUUAUCGGGGACUGAAAAAAUAUCUUCUUUUUUUUUUAAAUACAAGUAUGUUGAAAUGUCACUGUAAUGGAAAAUUAUUCAAAUGUAAGUGAAAGAACACAGUUUUAGGCUUGAGUCUACAGCUGAUUUUGUAGAUGAUAUUGUAUUCAAUGUAGUCCUAACAGUUCGCUGUGCAGGGAAGGAAGCA